GAACUGCUGGACAAGGUAGUGGAGUUCCGGGAAGAGGCUCAGGAUGCUUUGGAUGCAGAGACACCUGAUUCUGAGCAAGUGGAAACACUGAUAGAGAUUGGGAUCAGCCUUGAUGUGGACCUGCCUGAGAUCCCUAAACUGAAGCAGGUUUUACAGCAAGCAAGAUGGCUAGAUAAUAUACGCAUGUCCAUGAAAGAUGCCAACUCGGUGACUCUGGACAUGAUGCGCAAACUGAUAGAGUCAGGUGUUAGUCUGGCACCUCAUCCGGCUGUGGAGAAAGCCAUGGCUGAGCUUCAGGAGCUGCUGACGGUCAGUGAGAGGUGGGAGGAGAAGGCCAGGAUCUGUCUGCAGGCAAGGCCCCGACACCUGUUGACCACCCUGGAGGCCAUUAUUGCUGAGGCAAGAAACAUUCCUGCUUACCUGCCCAACAUUGCCUCUCUGAGGGACGCUGUCAAGAAAGCUAAAGAGUGGAUACAGAAGGUGGAGUCUGUCCAAAGUGUGGAGCAGUAUGCCUAUCUGGAGACCCUGGAGAACCUGGUGGCCAAAGGAAGGCCCAUCCCAGUCCGACUUGACCAGCUGCCACAGCUGGAGUCUCAGGUUGCAGCAGCCAAGUCCUGGAAGGAAAGAACUGCUCGGACUUUCCUCAAGAAGAAUUCUUCCUACUCUUUGCUUGAGGUGCUGUCACCAAGAACAGACAUCGGAAUUUAUAACGGAGGUCGCUGCAAAAAGAAACGUCUUAAAGAAGGUGACAAAAAGGAGGGUGACAGCAUUGUGGACUACGCAAGUGACGACAGCAGAGCUUCAGGAGUGUCUAUCCUGACACAAGUUGCAGCAUUCAAGAUGGGGGAAGUGAAAGAGGUUGAACUGAUGAGAGAUCUCAGGACAAAGAAUAUGGAGAAACGCCGUGACAGUGAAGCUAAAUUUUGUGUGUGUAGGAAACAGGCUUCAGGAUUCAUGUUACAGUGUGAACUCUGCAAAGACUGGUUUCAUGGAACCUGUGUAUCCUUCCCAAAGUCUGCCGGCAUUAAAAGCAAAACAUCUCAGACUGCCAUCAUGCAGACAACCAAGGAGAUGAAGUUUCUCUGUCCCCUGUGUCUGCGUUCACGGCGGCCUAGGCUAGAAACUAUUCUCUCCCUUCUUGUCUCACUCCAAAAGCUUCCCGUCCGCAUGGCAGAAGGCGAGGCCUUGCAGUGUCUGACAGAGAGGGCCAUGGCAUGGCAGGACCGUGCUCGGCAAGUACUGACCACCACAGAAAUGGCCUCUGCCAUGGCACAGCUUAGCAUAAUGAGCCAGCGGAUGGUAGAACAGGCAGCCCGGGAGAAAACGGAGAAGAUCAUCAAUGCUGAGCUACAGAAAGUUGCCAAUAACCCUGAACUUCAGCCCCACUUGGCCUCUGUUACCAUGAGUGCAUUCGGUAACCGAGACAUGUCCUCAGUCUCGCUGCUUCAAAACCAUCCAGGAGCAGUUGAUGGAGAUUCUAGAGACGGCCACCAUCGUUACGGAGGGCCAGCAAGCCAUGGGGGCCUCACUUUCAUCGCGUCUGCAGCUAGAAACCAUAAGCAGCUUUUUGGAAUGUCCUCAGAUACUGAAGACGGCCUUCAUAAAGACUAUGAUUCCUCAAGGGAGGCAGGGGUUGGAGUCAAUAUGGAUCGCCCGGCAUCUCCCACUUCUGGAGCCUUGUCACCCCCUCUGCCUCAGUCAAUAGCCCUGACCCCCAACCCCAUGUCUCAGGAUAUUGGUGCUGAGAUUGACAUCCCAUCAGUCGCAUCUCUGGGAAUGUCAUCAGAACAUGCUUAUUCUUCAAUGUCAAAGGGUGGUUCAAAUGGAUCACCUAGAAAGAACCAGCGUAAAUCUCCACUGAUUCCACGCAUGUGCGAGGCUCCAACUCUGGAUGUUGCCGAAACCAAGAGAGCUCAGCUGGAGGAGCUGAUGAUGGAAGGAGAUCUGCUGGAGGUGUCCCUGGAUGAAACCCAACACAUCUGGCGCAUCCUGCAAGCUUGUUACACUUGCACAGAAACCAGCAGAUUCUCCGACAUGGAGGUUAGCGUCA